GACCACCAUCCGUCUCAGCAAAACCAGAGUGGGCUACAUGGCAUUUAUUUGCGAGCCUUCUGCACAGGUCUGGAUUCAGUGCUGCAGCCGUAUCGACAGGCACUACUGGACCUAGAACAAGAGUUUCUGGCUGACCCACAUCUCUCCAUCUCACAUGUUAAUUAUUCCUUGGACCAGUUUCAGUUACUCUUCCCCUCUGUGAUGGUCAUGGUGGAACAGAUCAAGACUCAGAAGAUUCAUGGAUGUCAGAUAUUGGAGACAGUCCACAAACACAGCUGUGGGGGGUUGCCUCCUGUUCGCAGUGCUCUUGAAAAGAUUCUGGCUGUGUGUCAUGGAGUCAUGUACAAGCAGCUCUCUGCCUGGAUGCUGCAUGGACUGCUGCUAGACCAACACGAAGAGUUCUUCAUCAAACAGGGCCCCUCUUCUGGGAAUGUCUCUAGCCAGCCUGCAGAGGAUGACGAUGACCUAGGAAUUGGGGGACUUACAGGAAAACAGCUACGAGAACUGCAGGACCUGCGCUUGAUUGAGGAGGAGAACAUGUUAGCUCCAUCUCUGAAACAGUUUUCUCUGCGAGUAGAAAUGCUGCCUUCCUACAUUCCCGUGCGGGUUGCUGAGAAAAUCCUCUUUGUGGGAGAAUCCGUGCAGAUGUUUGAGAAUCAAAAUGUGAACCUGACCAGAAAAGGUAAGGAGCAUCUUUCCUGCAGCCUUUGCUCAGUUAUGAGUGACUGACAGGCAUUUUCCAAAAUGCUGUAUUAACGGAUUCCUCGCAAG